CAUUUCCAUACCCCUCUCUCCUCAUCCACCCCUCCUCUUCUUCAGUCCUAACCAUCCUAGCCUUCCUAACUAUGAAGAUCACUGCCCUCGUCUCACUGGCCGCCGCGGUCCUGGCAUUCACCGACGCCUCGCCCAUCCACAAGAACGACUCCAAAGGCCAUGCUGUUCCCUUGACGCGCAACCCCCACUUCAAGCACAACACCAAGGCUCAGAUUGCCAAGCUGAACAAACGCUACCCUGGACUCAAUAUCCUUGUCGGAUCCACUGGCAAAGUCCCCUUGACUGAUGUCAGCCCCGACCUCGAGUACUAUGGUAGCGUCUCCGUUGGAACCCCCGCCCAGGUUUUCAAGCUGGACUUUGACACUGUAUUUCGAAUGGCCAGAAUCUUUUUUUAA